AAGGGAUAAGCAAAGAGUAGACCAGAGCAGAGUGUCUAUCGACAGAAAAGCGGAUGUUGGGUCGGCAUGGCUACACUUGGCACCCCUGCGUACGUUAGCACCAAGCCCUUCAAUUCCUUAACCUGCCCUCCUCCGACUGCUAGACCCGAGAGGAAGCUGCCGCGAUUGAGGUGCGCAUUGUCACCCCCAGAAUGGCGGGAGAGCAGGCGAUUGGUCUCCCUUGUCCUGUCCCACUUCCUCUUUGUCCCCAACCAUGCUAUCGCCGGCGGCAUUUUCGAUAAAUAUGUGAAAAAGAAAAAGCUUGACCCACUAGAGGCUUAUGUACCAGCUGUCAUAUUGACGCAGUUACAGAUCAAGGACUUGGAGGAAUCUCUAGAAGUUGAUCAACCCCAGUAUGCUGCCUGCCGAUCUCUACUACGCUCUGGCCCUGCAGCAUCCCUUCGUGUAAAUAUUCGAGCAGUGGCACAAUAUGCUUCAGACAAUGGCAAUGGUAAAACUGCUUCCAACAGUGUUGAUCAAUGUCUCAGAGCCUUGGAGGAACUUGAUUCCUUACUUCUGCGAGCAUCAAGGAAUGAUACACAAGCCUCACUUGAAUCAAUGAAGGGAGAGAUAAAUGUUGCUGUUAACGCUCUAGAAAGCCUCCUCCAGACUGUGCCUUCUGAUGUGCUAGACAAAGGGAAGGCUGUUGCUGAUUCUUACAGGAUUAGAGAAGACGUGGAACCUGAAACGUUGGACCAAGAAAUGCAGCAGUUGGAGUCAAUUUUAUAAAUUUUUGGACUCUGAAUCUCACCAAAUACAUAAACUAUUCUCUUAUUGGUUUAUGACCAAUCUUCAACCAUCGUGUAAGUUAUGUAUCUUGCAUGCAUGUAAGCUUCCAAUUGAUCUCUGGAUUCAUAGACAUGUAGAAUUGCAGUAAAUGGAAUGGCCUGCUGAUGUGAAUUAUAAUGUAAAUUAGUGUACCCAUAUUAAAUCA